UAACGGGGGUCUAGAAGGCUGAUAGCAUUUACAGCCGUAUGCAAUAUAUCGGGAAUAAAAAUUGUAAACUAGACGGAUUAGUAUUUUAGUUUAGUUUGUUGUUUUCCGCCACAUGGAGUUUUAAAGCCUAAAUGGUAAACUGUUAACCAUUUACUUUAAUUAAAACAGAUGGUAUUUUUCUCGUGCAAUGGUUGUGGCGAUUCUCUGAAGAAAAACCAAGUAGAAAAACAUUACUCAACGAAAUGUCGGCAAGCCAAGUCACUGUCCUGUAUAGAUUGCAGCAAAGAGUUCUGGGGCCAGGAGUACAAUAACCACACAAAAUGUAUAUCUGAGGAAGAGAAAUACUCAGGCAAGAACUAUGUACCAAAGGCAGGGGCCAACAAAGGGGAACAGAAACAGAAUCAGUGGUUAGAGCAAGUACAAGCUGCCAUUGACAAUGCACGUUCUGACAAGAAUGUUCUGCACCUGUUGAACCAAAUCAAAGACUACCCCAACAUCCCAAGGAAACAGGCCAAGUUUAAGAAUUUCCUGAAAAAUUCCAUGCGUGUUCAUAAGGACUCACUGAUAAACCAAGCCUGGGACCUUAUUAUGAAUCAUACAUUGCAGUCCAAUGCAGCAAAGGCGCAAUCAGAAGAACCCAAACCAGUGAAUGGCAAUCAUCCACCACAGUCCAAAGAUGAGACAGAAAAGGAGCAGAAAGAGCAGAGGAAAAAAGACAGGAAAGAAGAGAGAAAGAGGAAGAGACAAACAGAAGAAAAUGGAGGUGAAAAGGAGGAGGAUAAAUGUAAGAAGAAAAAGAAAAGAAAGAGAGAAGAGUGUGAAGAGGUGGUAGCUAAUGGUGAUGUGGAGUCCAAAAGGCCAGCACUAGAUGUCAGUCAAGAUAAUGAUGAAGAGGAAAAUGAUCCGGUGGAUGUGGAAAGCAGCAAAUCAAAGCUUAAAUUUGAUUGGGAGGAAGUCAUCACUGAUGUCUUAAGGAAGACAGGAGAAAUUCCAAUAAAAAAACUGAGAAAAAAGGUUUUGGCUGAGUAUGCCUCUGUUAAAGGGGAGCCCAGAUCAGAAGAGAAAAUCUUGGCUAAGUUCAACAGAAAGGUCAACAAAAACCCAAAGUUCAAAGUUCACAAAGAGAGAGUAAAAUUAAAGGAGUGAUGUGUGAUAAAUGUAAAUAUUUUAUAUGUUCUCGUUUGUUAUUGCAUUCAAAAUACUAAGUGAACUGUUGUUGAUCCUAUACUUUUAAAUGUAAAACAUUUGUUUAUGUUUAUGAACAUACAGUAUAUAUGUAAAACAUUUGUUUAUGUUUAUGAACAUACAGUAGAAGAUGCAACAUCAAUAAAUGGAACUAAAAGGAAA